AAGCUCAUUAACAUAAUAAGUAAGAAAGGAAAAAAUAAACUAAAAUAAGCAGGAGAAAAUAAAAAUCAAUUAAUAAAAUAAAAAUAUCGGCAUCCCAUUUCUUCUUCCUCACCUCUGCAAAUCAUAUUCUCCUCGCAAUCUCCCGUCAACCCCAUUUUAGAUUCGUGAGAGUAAACCCGCUUCGGAUCCCAAAUGAUGGAGGCUGGAGGGGGCGUUACCGGCGGCGGUGAAACCCUAACGUCAUCGGAAACACCCGCAACCGUCGCUGCACGGUGGAGCUUCAUGGUUUCGCAGCGGUUCCAGCAUUAUCUGGACAAAUCGACGCCUCACAUGCUUUACCGCUGGAUCGCAUUCUUCGUCAUCGCUUUGGGUUACGCUAUUCGAGUUUACUUCGUUCAAGGGUUCUACAUCGUCUCGUAUGGGUUGGGAAUUUACAUUCUUAACCUUCUUAUUGCCUUUCUCUCUCCUCAGGUGGACCCUGAGAUCCAGGAACUCACUGAUGGACCCACUUUACCUACUCGGGGCUCCGAUGAGUUUCGCCCCUUUGUUCGACGUCUUCCUGAGUUCAAAUUCUGGUACUCGCUAACAAAAGCCUUCUGCAUAGCUUUUUCCAUGACAUUUUCAAGUGUGUUUGACGUUCCUGUAUUUUGGCCAAUACUCCUCUUCUACUGGGUUGUUUUGUUCACGCUUACCAUGAGAAGACAAAUACACCAUAUGAUCAAAUACAGAUAUGUCCCGUUCUCCUUUGGGAAAAAGUCUCAGCGUUAUGAUCGAAGGAAGUCUGCUGCAGAAGAUAGCGCUGCACUUGUCAGGGAUUGAUGUUUUAGAAAGAAUAUUUUCUUGCUGCUGAAUGAACCUCGGGACAAUUUUAGGAGUGGUAGCUACAGUUUUCUGGUGUCGAUUCCAGCAAUUGAGAGGAUUCAUUGUCAUCCAUAUCACUCAAGCAGGCUCCCUUUGUGCAACAAUUACUGAUCUGACUGAAUCUAGGAGGCUGCUGAUGUUAUUCCUUUCCUCUUGACAUUACAAUUCUGUAUAGAGGGAAACAUCACGAGUUUCUUGUAGGCUGUAUCAACAGGAAUCGUGAUUUUAUUUCUAUUCAAAAGCCUUGUAACGUUUAACGUUAGUUUGAUUUAUUGGAGAUGAAAUGACAUUAUCUUUCAUUUUCCUCCACAUCACCAA